AUGGCCGUCCCCAAUUUCACCCAGAAUGAGCUCGAUGAGAUAUAUACCUUUGCCGUGGAUCUUGGCCGCAAGGCCGGUGAUCUGCUAAUGGAGCGUGUGGAACUCCGUAUCUCCGGUGGUGAAGGAAAUUCGCAGAAGUUCGAGGAGAAGGAUAGCUCGGUCGAUAUAGUGACGCAGACAGAUGAGGAUGUGGAGGUAUUUAUUCGCAAUGCUCUCCAGACCAGAUACCCCACGCACAAAUUCCUCGGUGAAGAAACCUAUGCCAAAGGCUCAUCCCGCGACUACCUAAUUGACGAACAACCGACAUGGUGCAUUGAUCCCUUAGAUGGAACCGUCAAUUAUACCCACAUCUUCCCCAUGUUCUGCGUCUCCAUCGGCUUCAUAGUAAACCAUAAACCCGUCAUCGGCGUAAUCUACGCCCCAUUCCAAGACCAGCUCUUCUCAUCCUGUACCGGCCGGGGAGCCUGGCUGAAUGAGAAACGUCAGCUCCCAUUAAUUCGCAAACCAUCAAUUCCACCCAUGCCCGCAAAUGCGCCCUCACAAUGUGUCUUCUCCUGCGAAUGGGGCAAGGACCGACGUGAUAUCCCGGAUGGAAAUAUGCAUCGCAAGAUUGAGAGUUUUGUCAAUAUGGCUGCGGAGCUGGGUUCGCGUGGGGGUAAGGGUGGUAUGGUGCAUGGUAUGCGGAGUCUGGGUAGUGCGACGCUGGAUUUGGCGUAUACUGCUAUGGGAUCGUUUGAUAUUUGGUGGGAGGGUGGUUGUUGGGAGUGGGAUGUCGCUGCUGGAAUUGCUAUUCUUCUGGAGGCUGGUGGGCUUGUUACUACGGCUAAUCCACCUGAGGAUCCGGAUACUGCGCCCAUUGAGGAUAUGCGACUAGGUAGUCGGCUAUAUCUGGCCAUCAGACCUGCUGGACCCUCUGAAACUGAGACUGGUCGGGAGACUCAGGAGCGCACAGUGCGCGAAGUCUGGCGGCGGGUCCGUCACUUGUCCUACACUCGACCCGGCGCGUAA